AUGACGAGCGCAAAUUCGUCUCCACCACUUGCCUCAGAUGAUCGGGAUGCAAAGUCAGUGUCAAAAAAUGACAUCUGGGUCGAGAAUUCCCAAGAUGAGCGGCCAACGGAUGCGAUGGCCGUUUUUCUCUCAUAUGAGCCUGAAUAUCGCCGACAGGUCGAAAAGCAACUCCUCCGCAAAAUCGACACUCGAAUUCUUCCACUGAUUAUGCUUAUCUACCUAUUCAAUUACCUUGAUCGAAACUCGAUCACUCAAGCUCGCCUUUAUGGACUAGAGAAAGAAACCGGUCUUGAGGGCGCAGAAUAUCAAACCGCAAUAUCCAUCUUCUCCGCUGGCUAUAUUCUGAUGCAGCUUCCUGCCACAAUUCUCAUGACAAAACUACGACCAUCCAUCUUCCUCCCAUGUUGUAUCAUUCUCUGGGCGAUAGUGAGCGGGUGCACGUCUGCCGUGCACAAUACGCCUGGUCUGCUGAUGGUCCGGUUUUUCCUCGGGUUUGUGGAAGCCCCUUUCUUCCCAGGUGCAGUUUACUUUCUCAGUUGCUGGUACACGAAGCGCGAAAUUGGUGUUCGGAUGGCGCUUUUGAUCUGUGGUAUCCUUCUCUCGAAUGCCUUCGCCGGACUGAUCUCGGCCGGAAUCCUGUCCGGAAUGGAAGGGGUUGGGAAUUUGGCGUCUUGGCGAUGGCUAUUUAUUCUUGAAGGUCUCGCGACUCUUAUUCUUGGAGUGAUUGGUCUUUUCGUUCUUCCUGACUUUCCAGGUACAACCAAAUGGUUGAGCGAUGUGGAAAAGAUUGUUGGUCAGGCGCGCUUAGCAGUCGAUGCUGGAAGUGACGUCUUGCUUGAUGCCGAAGAAGUCCCUAUAGUACGUGGCUUAAUAUGGGCAGCCAAGGAUGUCCGAACAUGGCUUUUUGCGUGUUUACAAAUGUCAACAACUGCAUCAAUCUCAUACUCGCACUUCUUUCCCACCUUGAUUCAGCAGCUCGGUUUCAAAAACAACACCACUGUUCUGCUCCUUACUUCUCCACCGUACAUUGUUGCUUUUUUCUGGUCUAUUUCCUGGGCUUGGUUUGCAGACCGACACCAGAUUCGCUCAAUUCCAGCUGGGGUUUCCCAAACUCUUGCAAUGGUUGGCGCGGUACUGCUCAUUGCAGUGUCAGGUCCACUUUGGGCUCGGUAUGGCUUCACGUUUCUUGUUUGUUGCGGUACGUUUGGCGUAUACUCAACUACAUAUGCAUGGCUCUCCUCCACCAUUACUCAGCCACCCGUUAAACGUGCUGUGGCCAUUGGGUUGGCCAAUACAUGUGCGAACAUUGCCUCGUUGUUCGCCAAUUAUUUCUGGUUGGAUCAGUACGAGCCGAUGUUUCGUCAGUCUUGGGGCUGCUUAUUAGCAUUUCAGGCUUUGGGUCUAUCAUGCAUCUUGACCAUCCGAUUCUUACUCCGUCGCAAAAACAAGAAAUUUGAGGCCAUAAUAGCCGAAGGAGAUGUGGCCGACGCGGUUUCCAUGUCUAGCCUGGAUGAUGAGACUCGGAACGCUCUCCAGAAUAACUUCAGAUAUGUUGUCUAG